GAUGUGACCGGCGGAAGCAGAUCAGGAGCGGACCGUCGGAGACGCGCUUAUUUCAUGUUUACAUGUUUUUGUUUUGACCCGUGAAGCUUCAGACAGACGUAUUGAAGAUUCUGGUUCUGUUUAUUUCAACAGUAGAACCAGAACCGAAGCAAAACAAAAGAUCAGAACAUCGCGAGACGAGAGUUUUCCCGCCGCACAGCCUGCUGGGAAAUAUAUGAACGUCAGAGCUGCGUUGAUUGGAGCACCGCAACGCGUACAUAGAAAAGUCAUGUCUGAUCUGUCGGCUCAGAGGAACAGAAUCCAGCAGCAGGUGAAGCAGCUGCAGGAGAGACUGAAGCAGAAUGAACUGGAGCUGCUGAGCAGUGAGACAGAUGAUGAUUCGGAUGAUGAGGACCUGGAGGACAAUGUUGGACAGACUGGACAGUGUGCAGCAGGUCUGCUGGCUCAGAGGGACCAGAUCCAGAAGGAGAUCCAGAACCUGGAGGACGUCCUCGGUCCACUUAGUCCCAUCAGCGUGUCAGAUGAUGACGACGACAGCAGCAGCAGCGAUGAGAGUGUUGGUCUGUCUCUGUCGGUGGACUCUUGUCUUCAGAUGAACCUCGUUUACCAGCAGGUCGUUCAGGAAACUCUGACCCUGCUGGAGACACACCUGCUACACAACCAGCGACAACAGAAGGAGCUCAUAUUUCAGUUGUCUGGACCAAUCAGAGAGUCUCCCAGAGAACAGCCCGCCCCCUCCUCCUACCAGCGGCCAAUCACCAUGUACCUGGGUCGCUUCCUGAAGCCGUACUUCAAGGACAAACUGACAGGACUGGGCCCUCCAGCCAAUCAGGAGACGAAGGAGAAGGCCAGCAGGAUGACUGGUUGUCUGGACGACAGGAAGCUGAAAGUAAAACGAUGGGAGAGCUGGCAGAAGACUCUGUUGAUCCACUCGGUGUCCAGAGACAAUCUGAAGAGACUCAUCCAGCCCAAACUGUCCAAGGUGGACUAUCUGACCCAGAAGCUGUCCUCAGCAGCGCAGACAGACAGAGGGCGGCUCCGAGAGCAGAUCGACAGCUUGGAGAGAGAGAUCGACCUGCUCAGAGGGAAGAGGGAGGAGGAGCUGACUGGUGGUCGACAGGAGGAGCACGACUGGCAGAAGAUCUCCAACAUCGAUUUUGAAGGGACGAAGGACGCCGAAGACAUCCGAAGAUUCUGGCAGAACUUCCUCCAUCCGUCCAUCAACAAGAACCGCUGGAGUCCAGAGGAGGUCCAACAUCUGAAGGAGGUCAGCAGGAGGCACGGAGACAGGCACUGGGACGUCAUCACCACGGAGCUGGGGACGGGGAGGACGGCCUUCAUGUGUCUCCAGAUGUUCCAGCGGUUUGUCUCUGGUUCGCUGCGUCGCGGCAGCUGGACUCCAUCUGAAGACGCUCUGCUCAGAGAGCUGGUGGAGAAGAUGAGGAUCGGAAACUUCAUCCCCUACACACAGAUGAGUUACUUCAUGGAGGGUCGGGAUCCGGCUCAGCUGAUCUACAGGUGGAACCAGGUUCUGGACCCAAGCCUGAAGAGAGGACCGUGGACCAAAGAGGAGGACCAGCUGUUGCUGCGAGCCGUGUCCCGGUACGGGGAGAAGAACUGGUGGAAGAUCCGGAUGGAGGUUCCUGGACGAACUGAUUCGUCCUGCCGAGACAGGUACCAUGACAGUCUGAAGGCGGGAAUGAAGAGAGGAGCGUUCGACCGGCAGGAGAGAGAUCUGCUGCUGAGGCUGGUGAAGAAACACGGAGUCGGUCGCUGGGCGAAGAUUGCUGCUGAGAUUCCUCAUCGGUUCGACGCUCAGUGUCUCAGAGAGUGGAAGAAGCUGAGCAGACUCUCUGGCAAGAAACAGAAGAAAGGUCAAAGAAGUGGAGGAGGAGAGAAGAAGAAGAAGGACACCACCAAGAAGAAGAUCAGGAGGCGACUGAAGAGGAUCAAGAAGGAGGAGGAGGAAGAGAGCAGUGAGGAGGAGGAGAUGGUGAUUCCCUACAUGGACAGCGAUGACGAGAAGAAGAUGGAGGUGGAGGAGAGGAGUGAGGAGCAGCAGGAGGAGGAGGAGUUCAGCUUCCCUCCCAUGCAGGACUGGGUUCCAGAAGAAAGAGCGGAACCUUCGUCCUCCCUGAGCUUUCGCCCGGUGCUGCUGCCUUCCUCCACAGACGCUCUCAGCGGUACUCCAGUCCGUUCGACCGUCGUGGGGAAGUUCAGCUGCUCCUCGGUCCUUGGACCUCCUCCCAGACCGCUGCAGAGGGACGAGCGCCACAGCAGCACCGCCAUGAUGAUGGUGUCUCCUGAAGAGCUGAGAGUCCACCUACAGCGCCAGGCCCACAGGUUCAACCACCAGAGCUCCAGGAGGCGGCGCAGAGUCCAUGCCGGCCAGAAGCCGCUGCUGGGCCGAGUCACCGACAUCGGGGUCGGAUACCAGCUGCAGGCCGCCGUCACGCCGUGGGUCGGAAACCUGCUGAUCCCGGCCAACCCCAGGCGGACGGCGGCGGACGUUCUGAGGGAGAACGGCCAGAAGAAGAGCGUCUCCUUAACCCCCGUCUUCCUGCUGCUGCUGCAGGCCACCAACGUGGACAUCCUGGGCUGUAGGGAGAUGAUCGAGCAGAGGAAGAGCAAGGUGCUGAUGCUGACUCCGCCCCCCGACCCCGACACCAUCAAGCUCAGAGACCCCAAGACGGUCGCAGGAAUGCUGCAGCUGCGGGACGCCAUGACAGAGCAGCCGCAGUGGGCGGAGCAGGCCUCCAUCCUGCAGCAGCUCCACGCCAUCCAGCAGCAAAAGAAGCUCAACGUGCAGGAGCCUCGUCCUGCUCUGAUCCAACCAAUGAAGGCUCCUCAGCUCCGUCCCAGCCUCCUCCUUCAGAUGUCUCCUCAGAUGCCUCCUCAGAUGUCUCCUCAGAUGCCUCCUCAGAUGCGUCCUCAGAUGCGUCCUCAGAUGCCUCCUCAGAUGCGUCCUCAGAUGCCUCCUCAGAUGUCUCCUCAGAUAACUCCUCAGAUAUCUCCUCAGAUGCCUCCUCAGAUGUCUCCUCAGAUGCGUCCUCAGAUGCCUCCUCAGAUGCGUCCUCAGAUGCCUCCUCAGAUGCCUCCUCAGAUCACUCCUCAGAUGCCUCCUCAGAUGCGUUCUCAGAUGCCUCCUCAGAUGCCUCCUCAUAUCCCUUCGAUGCCUCCUCAAAUGUCUCCUCAUGCUGUCUUCGUUCCUCGUCCUGUCAUCCAACAGCUCCGUCCUUCCUCUCCUGCAGCUCCACUCAGAUCUUCUGUAGGUGAUAGAGCCGUGAAGGUUCAGGGAACCAGAACUCUUCUUGAGGUCGGUGAAGGUCACCUCACCUUCAGUGCUCCGACUUUCUCCGAAUGUCCACAGUCUGCUCAGAUCCAGAACAUCAUCCUGCUCCCUCCUCAGAAUCUCCGCCCCCUGCAGCUGGUAGCCCCGCCCACUUCUGUUGAUGCUCCUGUCCGAUUGGACGCUCCUCGUGUCUUCGUUGACCCGUCCAAUAAGAGAGUGUCUUCAACUCAGAAUGUCAGUUUAGCCCCGCCCCCCUGUGUGCAGACCAAUCACGGUGCUCCUAUCCUCAUUGACCAUGACUACUAUCUCCCACUCGCCAGUCAGCCAAGCCCCGCCCCCAAACAGACAAACACCAAAGGGAGGGAGAGGGGGGAGGAGCCACAGCCGGUGACAAGCAGUCAAGACAACCACUGGGUGGACAGGACAGGUACAGGUGGGAUCCUGGAAGGGAAGAGGGUCCGGAAGCCGACUCGGAAGGCCAGAGCGCUGCAGGAGUCCACGGAGGCCAAGGCUGAAGCCAAGAAGAAGAGGACUUCUUCUUUGGGUCAGAAACGCCGUCGCCGGUCUGAAGUCAUCCCUCUGGUCCAGCCAAGGUGGCAUCUGUUGCCCGCUCACUCGCUGUGGGUCAUGACACCUGCUGGACUGGUCCAGCUGCCAGAAACUCUGCCCCAAAGCCUGCAGCUGCCAUUAGUGCCCCCACCUCCACCUGUCCCACUGGCCCCACCUCCACCUGUCCCACUGGCCCCGCCCCCUCUGCUGCUUGCCACUGGAGGCCCAAAGUCACCAGAAUCCCUCACUGUGUCUGCCCAGAUGACCCAGUCUCUUCCUGCCCCUCCCAGCUGUCACUAUAAGCCCCACCCCUCGCCCCCUUUUCCAGACCCUGCCCCUAUCCCCCUCCUCCCCCCACCCCCUUCCAAGCUUCCACUUCCUUAUAAGGGCAUGGUGAGAGCAGACCCAGCGGAGCCCCCCCCACUCAGGAGGGAGGCGCUGCAGUUCGACCCCGCCCUCAUGUUCCUAGAGCCGCAGGUGCAGGUCUGUGAUUGGCUGAGCGGGAAAGGUGGGGUGUCGGUACCUGGAGCAGGUGUGGCCUUACCUUACCUGCCACCAUUUGUCAGCAGUCUGAGCACGCUCAGUGCGCUGCUCCAGUCCAAGAAGUCCCUGACGAAGGCGUCGCUGCAGCUGCUGUGCCGAGGCUCCGAACCUCGACACCCCCGAACCACACCUGACACACCUGACACCAGGCAACCGCCACCAGACCUGCCAGACUCCACCUCCGACCUCCAUCCGUCUGAGGAACAACCAGGUAACACCUGUCCUUACCUGACCCGCCUCACACACCUGUCUCACCUGUUCCACACACAGUUAGCUCCACAGUGUGUUCUCAGGUGGGUUUUUUUGUGCCUCCCUGCAGCUCCUUCUGCCAGCUCAGCCCAGCAGCAGCAGGAGGACGAGGAGGACGAGGAGGUCACCAUGGUGGAGGCGGUGCGACACCUGGUGGAGGAGCGUUUCUCAGGUAACCCCGCCUACCAGCUGCUGAAGGCCCGCUUCCUGUCCUGCUUCACUGUCCCCGCCCUACUGGCCACCGUGCAGCCAAUCACCGGAAAGACUGUGGACUGCCCAGCCAAUCAGGAGGAGGAGGAGGAGGAGGAGGAGGAGCCGAGGAAGGCCAGACAGAGAGGACGGAGGAGAGUUCAGAGAACUUUGCUGCUGAAUGACGACUCCAGAGCUCCAGCCAAUCACUUCUCAGGGAUUAUCUCUGCAGACCAGACAGGACUGGACCGGCCUGGACCAGACCAGUAGAAACCUCAUGUUGAACUAACUGGUGUUUGGAAUCCCAGCUGGUUUACUGAACACAACGUUCUUCAGAGAAAGAACCUGAAACCUGCUGAUCGGCUGCGUUCAAGGACCCUCUGAACAGCGUGAACUUCUGAUAACUCGUACAUCUGGACCGUCUGAGGGUCCUUCGAUUCACCAGCAGGGGAACAAUGAACGAACCAGUCAAAGCAGAUAACUCAGCUCCAGGAGCAGAUCAGUCUGUGCAGCGACUGAUUAUUGAUCAGCAGGGCGGGAGGCUGUGUGGUGCAUUCAGGAACCUCAGGAGGAGUUGUAAAGUGGUGAAGUUGCACUAAAACCUGUUGGUUGUUGUUGAUGUUCGUUUUGUUAUUAUUUAUCAGGACUUUUUUUGUUUGAGCUGAAGGUUUUCUAAUAAAGGUAAAUAUGAAAAAUCA